AUGAAAACGGAACAGGAAAAAAAGGAUAUAAAUAUGAAAUACGCAAAUUACUUGAAAUUGAAUGAAGAUGCUAAACAAUGGAUAUAUAACAAAAUAGAUAAAAAUGAAAUAUUUUCAAUAAAAGGACAAUAUGAAUCAUUUGUUAAGAAUUAUGAAGAUAGAAAAAAGGAUGUUAGUAAUAAGUAUAAUGUAAAUAAAUAUUUAAAUUUUAUGACUAGUUUUUUCUUAUUAUGUCUUAUAAUAUUGGACUUUUUUAUUAACCUAUUUAAAGUUACUAUAAAGAAUCUUAAAUAUUUUUUAAAAAAUCCUGUAUAUUUUAUAUAUACCUGCAAAUGUUUUAUAAAAAGUACAACAUCUAAUUUCUUCAAAUUUAUACAAUUAUAUAAACAUCUCAUUCUAAAGACAUUCUUAUUUUUAUUAAAGGAAAAAAAGAAAAUAGCAAAAGAAAUAAAAGAUCUCUUUUCUUUUUGUUUUAAAGUUUUAUAUUUUUAUGUUUACAAAUAUAUACAAUCUCUUUAUCAAUAUCUAUAUAUCAAAUACUGUGAACUCUUUAAACCAACCAAAAAUUUCAAGGUCGCAUUUACCUAA